GCCGCAGUUCCGCUGUUGGACCCUCCUUGCCCGGCUACUGCUGUACCCUCCAACAAGGCAAAAAGAAGAACGAAGCUCACCCACCCUGCCCAUCGGCCUCAUCACUUCCCUCAAAUCCACCGAUCCCCUUCCAGAGGUUAGGGCCUCUGCGCCCGAUUUCGUCCCGCCUCGCCGAUCCACCCGCCGCAGGUGAGCGGCUUCGCCGGUUGGAGUGUAGUACUGCGGUCGCGACCUUCGUUCCGAGCUGGUUCAUUUUCGCUUGGAUAGGUUUGGUACGGAUGGGAGCCGGCGGCGCGGGGAUCAGGAAUGUUUCGGUGCGUGGGAGGUGAGAGCCGCCGGUGGGCACUGAGGGCCUAGGGUUUGGUUGAAGAGGGAGCAACGAAAUGGGGGGCUUUUGCUCCAAGGGGUCGGCGGUGGACAAGUCACCCAGCGACACUACGCUCGGCCCCGGCCGGGAGGUUGACCGCCAUGACCGUCUAGUGGUGAAGGAGGAGAAGAAAGCUGUGGUGGGGGAGGCUGCUGCCAAGAGGAUGCAAGAAGAGCAACAUCAACAGCAGCAGCAGCAGCAGCAGCCAGCAGCGCCACCACUGCCUGUAUCGGUGUCGCAAACGGCAGUGCCUGGAGCUACCGCGGAUAACACUGCAGCACCAUGGGAUGGGGUGCCACCACUGGCACGGUUGCCAUCUCAGAAGUCGGGGAUGGGUGUGGCGAAUAAGGUUUCGGAAGUAAGCUCAAUUCUGGGUAGAGCUAGUACUGCUGGCCUUGGAAAAGCAGUGGAAGUGCUUGACACACUUGGCAGUAGCAUGACAAAUUUGAAUAUAAGUAGUUUUGGAUCAGGCACUGCAACAAAGGGGAACAAAAUAUCUAUUUUAGCAUUUGAGGUUGCCAAUACCAUAGUCAAAGGUUGCAGUCUAAUGCGCGCCCUUUCAAAAGAUAGCAUAAAACAUUUAAAAGAAACAGUGCUUCACUCUGAAGGUGUUCAGAAUCUUAUAUCCAAAGAUAUGGAUGAGUUACUCAAGAUUGCUGCUGCUGACAAAAGGGAAGAGUUGAAAGUGUUCUCUACAGAAGUUGUUCGCUUUGGAAAUCGUUGCAAGGAUCCUCAGUGGCACAACUUGGACCGCUACUUUGAUAAGUUGACAUCAGAACAGACUCCUCAACAUCAACUGAAAGAAGAGGCAGAAUCAGUAAUGCAGGAAUUAGUGACUUCUGUUCAGUUUACAGCUGAACUAUACCAUGAAAUGCAUGCCCUGGAUAGAUUUCAACAAGAUUAUCAGCGUAAACAGCAUGAAGAGGAUGGUUCUAGUGUUGUGCAAAGAGGUGAUAACAUGCACAUACUAAAGCAGGAAGUGAAAAGCCAAAGCAAGCAUGUUAAAAGUUUGAGGAAAAAGUCUCUGUGGUCUAAGAAUUUGGAAGAGGUCAUGGGAAAGCUUGUGGACAUUGUGCACUUCUUACAUUUGGAGAUCCAUAAUGUAUUUGGGCGUUCAGACAGUGAAGAAUCACAGGAACCUACCAAACGACGUAAUAGAUUGGGUCCAGCAGGUCUUGCACUGCAUUAUGCAAAUAUCAUCAGUCAGAUUGAUACUCUUGUUUCUCGUUCAAGCUCUGUUCCUCCAAAUACAAGGGAUGCAUUAUACCAAAGUUUGCCACCAACCAUAAAGUCAUCUCUCCGUUCUAAGCUACACUCCUUUGGAGUUAAGGAAGAGCUUACUGUUUCUCAAAUCAAGGCUGAAAUGGAGAAGACCCUGCGGUGGCUUGUCCCUAUUGCAAGUAACACCACCAAGGCUCACCAUGGUUUCGGUUGGGUUGGAGAGUGGGCAAAUACUGGGUCAGAUGUGAACUGCAAGCCAAAUGGGCAGAUAGACCUGAUCCGAAUUGAGACACUGUACCACGCUGACAAGGAGAAGACUGAAGCAUAUAUCCUCGAGCUUGUUAUUUGGCUUCAUCAUCUUAUCAGCCUAUCCAAAACUGCAAAUGGUGAAAGGUCUCCAAUCAAGUCUCCUGUUCGGUCUCCUACACAAAGAGGGGCCUCAAUCACAUUAUCUCCAAACAAAAACAGCAGCAAUUCAUCACCUCUUCUGACGCAAGAAGAUCAAGAUAUGCUAAGGGAUGUCAAGUACAGGAAAUUCAUCCCUGGUAUAAGCAAAAGCCAGGAGUUUGACACUAAGGAAAGGCAUAAUAAGCAAAGCAGGUUAAGCAAAAGUAAUAGCCAUUCACCAAGCAGUGGCAACCGGAAAGAGACGCUAUCAAUCAGGAGGCUGCUUCCUGUGAUCGACUUUGAGAUCGACAGGAUAAAAGCCCUUGAUAUGAUCGACAGAGUUGACGAUCUGAGAGUACAAUGAUGAACCUAGAUUAAGCAAUGGCAAAGUCUGAAAAAUGCACCCUCAAUCUAUGAUCCUGAAAAUCAAGAUUGCUUGAAAGAUACAAGUAAUCAGCUGAGCUGAAUUGGCAUGCUGUCAGCACUUCUGCAGCAAUGUCCCUGCUUGAGGUGAACAGGCAUCAUGGUGCCAGUUUGAAGGCACCACGAGGGUUAGAGAUGGUGGCAGCAUGUUCUGGCCAACUUUGUAUGAUAUAUGGCAGGGUUAAUAGGAAAGUGAAAUUUUAUUGUAAAAAGGGAUUUGUUGUGUUACUUAGCUCAUGUACAAGGAAUACAAGUUUUGAGAGGGCGGAGGGGGAUCAAAGAUCUGACUGUGUUUCUUGCU